GCCACCGGCCACAUAUGGCUGGGGCGGCUGAGCAACCCAAGUUAUCGUUUUAUCUGAUUUUAAUAGGUUUAUAUAGCCACGUGGGGCUGUGGCGACCUUAUUGAGAAACGUAGAGGCCGUAUUUGAGUUGGGUUAGCUUAGAGCUCAGGGAAGCGAACAACAAAACCGAGGAGCGGCUGGUGAAUCAUAGUAAUUGCGGCUAGCAUUGUUUGAGCUUAUGCGAUCUGCCAAGUAGUUACUGUUGUGUGUGUGCAUCGUUUCCUUUACUCCUCUCAACAACUCUGUGCGCCUGUGUUUAGAGACGAGGAAACGGGCACGGAGAGGUCAGUGACACAGGUGCGGGUCCAGGGACACAGGUGGUAGGAGCUGGCGCUGGAGUUUGAGUUCAAGUCAUCUAACCUCCGAAGGCUGCGUUCUUUCCAAAGGGGCUGACUUUACAGAGAUGAUGAGAGCCUUGGGAUACCCUCGACAUAUUUCCAUGGAAAAUUUCCGCACACCAAAUUUUGGACUUGUAUCUGAAGUGCUUCUCUGGCUUGUGAAAAGGUAUGAACCUCAGACUGACAUCCCUUCUGAUGUUGAGACUGAACAAGAUCGAGUUUUCUUCAUUAAGGCAAUUGCCCAGUUCAUGGCCACCAAGGCACAUAUAAAACUCAACACUAAGAAGCUUUAUCAAGCAGAUGGGUAUGCGGUGAAGGAACUGUUGAAGAUCACCUCUGUCCUUUAUAAUGCUAUGAAGACUCAAGGGAUGGAGGGCUCUAAAAUAGGAGAGGAAGAUAUCAGCAAAUUCAAGUUCGAUCUUGGCUCAAAGAUUGCAGAUUUGAAAGCAGCUAGGCAGCUUGCUUCUGAAAUCACCUCUAAAGGAGCAUCUCUGUAUGAUUUGCUGGGCAAGGAGGUAGAGUUGAGGGAACUGAGAACAGAAGCAAUUGCCAGACCUCUGGAAAUAAAUGAGACUGAAAAAGUGAUGAGAAUUGCAAUAAAAGAUAUUUUGGCACAGGUUCAGAAGACUAAAGACCUGCUCAAUAAUGUGGCCUCUGACGAAGCUAAUUUAGAAGCUAAAAUUGAAAAGAGGAAAUUAGAACUGGAAAGAAAUCGGAAGCGACUCCAGACACUGCAGAGUGUCAGGCCAGCCUUUAUGGAUGAAUACGAGAAGACUGAGGAAGAACUGCAAAAGCAGUAUGACGCUUAUCUAGAGAAGUUCCGAAAUCUGGCUUAUCUGGAACAACAACUUGAAGACCAUCAUAGGAUGGAGCAAGAGAGGUUUGAAGAAGCUGAAAAUACUCUCCGUCUGAUGCAGAACAAGCUAAAGGAAGAAGAAAAGCGACUGCUCAAGAGUGGAAGUCAGCCAGGAGCGCCCGAAGCAGACCUAAGUGAUAAGCCUGCAUGGAGUUUAUCCCUUCCCGAGCAGCCUGGCACAGGUAACGAUGACUCGGACAUUGACAUCCAUGAGGAUGAUGAAUCUGACAGUGAAUUGGAAGAGAGACGGCUGUCCAAGCCACGGACAGCCAUGGAGGUGCUCAUGCAAGGAAGACCCAGCAAACGCAUCGUGGGCACAAUGCAAGGUGGAGACUCUGAUGACGAUAUGGAAGCAGCACCAGCUCUCUUAGGUAAAUGCAAGACUUCCAGCUCCAAGAAGCAGGAAGACUCAGAGGACAGUGAAAUUGAUAUGGAAGAUGAUGAAGAAGAUGAUGAUGAUUUGGAAGAUGAGAGCAUCGCUCUCUCACCAGCGAAGCCCAGUCGAAGGGUUCGGAAACCUGAGCCCCUGGAUGAGAGUGACAAUGACUUCUGACCUUCUUGCUGAGGGACCCAGGCAGAUUAAAACCCUCAGAUUUGUAGGUAAAUGGGAAAUUAGAAGGUUAGGAAGGAAACAUAUGUUCUCUUCACUAAGCCAGCUGGACUCAUUGUUAAUGAAGCAAUACCUAUUUCUGCUUUAGCCUCCUAUGUGUUACUCCACAAAGCUUAAACAAGAACUGAAGCAAAUCUCAAAGAUGACGUUUUUUUUUUUUGGCCUCAUUUACCUCCUAAAACUUGAGAAAUGCAUAUUAGUGAUUCACAUCCACAGGACAAAAACUCAAGGAGAAGUAAGGGGAAGCACUGUAUAGGUCUUGGCUAUUGUUGUCACACAUUUCCUCUAAGAGUCAGUGGGCCAGACUGAGCACAAGGACUCAUUUUAGGAAUCAGAGGGAAGUGUCAGACUAUUAAACACUUACACAGUUGAGAACAUUUACUGUACACCAGCUUUUAAUGGUAGCCCUUAUUUCAUUUUAAAGUUGUCUUUCUUCUGCAUGGUCACAAUACCAAGCUUUAAAUGUAUUUUACUAAAAUCUUCUGAAUGAAAGUUGGCUAAGUUAGAGGAAAACCAGCUUUCCUUGAAUGUUAGGCAACAGAGAGAGGCUCCAGAUUAUAAACAUUCCAUUUUCUCUCAGGAGGCUGACAUUCCUCCUUAGGAAAGCAAAUUAAGGAAGAAGUUUGAGUGCAUAUUCGUGUUUCUGACUUAAAAAAAUAAACUAGAAUUGUAUUAGGUAGAGAAGCACUAGAAGAAUUUCCCUGUUGUGAAAUGAGAAGUGACACGUGGAGUUGUUUUGUUUUGUUAAUAUGGAAAGCACAGAACAGUUUUCGUUUAUUUUUCAUUAUAUAGUCAGAAGACUUCUGAAGUUACUUCUUUCUUAAUAAAUGUAUUUAAUACCAUAUUUUUAUAUUAUUAAAUAAGCUUUACUGGGAAAUGUAAUUAUUUUGUUUAUUUGCACCUAUAACAUAUAAAUACUAUUCAAGAAAA